AUGGAUCACCCUAAUGGAUCACCCUCAUGGAUUACCCUCAUGGAUCACCCUCAUGGAUUACCCUCAUGGAUCACCCUCAUGGAUUACCCUCAUGGAUUACCCUCAUGGAUCACCCUCAUGGAUCACCCUCAUGGAUCACCCUCAUGGAUCACCCUCAUGGAUCACCCUCACGGAUCACACUCAUGGAUCACCCUCAUGGAUCACCCUCCCCCCACCCUCAUGGAUCACCCUCAUGGAUCACCCUCACGGAUCAUCCUCAUGAAUCACCCUCAUGGAUCACCCUCAUGGAUCACCCUCACGGAUCACACUCAUGGAUCACCUCAUGGAUCACCCUCAUGGAUCACCCUCACGGAUCACACUCAUGGAUCACCCUCAUGGAUCACCCUCAUGGAUCCCCUCCCCCCACCCUCAUGGAUCACCCUCAUGGAUCACCCUCAUGGGAUCACCCUCAUGGAUCACCCUCACGGAUCACACUCAUGGAUCACCCUCAUGGAUCACCCUCCCCCCACCCUCAUGGAUCACCCUCAUGGAUCACCCUCACGGAUCAUCCUCAUGAAUCACCCUCAUGGAUCACCCUCAUGGAUCACCCUCAUGGAUCACACUCAUGGAUUACCCUCAUGA